AUGGCCUCUAACAUGAACCAACUGCUUUCGGCUCGCCGUCCUUCCAACUUCCUGGUGCUCGCGCCCACUGCCUCGGCCAACUACCCCGCCUCGCCCCAAGCACUCACGCCCACGACUUCGACCUCCAAGGAGCCCGUCUCGCCAACCGAGGACCUUGAGUCCCCGGUCGUCAAGCCGACGGAGAUCGAUGCCACGCCCAAGGAGCGCCGGUCCGACAGCGUCAGCAGCAACGGCUCUGCACGCUUCAAGUUCCUGAAGCUGGGCCCGGUCCACUUCGGAAAGGGCGAUGGCCAGACCGACUUCGCCGAGGCUGAAUGA